UAUGCCCCUGGUGCGGCACCUGGAGAAAUGAGUACAUUCGGCAGCCCUGGGGCUCUGCCAACAACCAAGCCAACCCCGCCACAGCGAGGGAGCUUCCCCUUGGACCACGAUGGCGAGUGCAAGAAGGCCAUGACCAGCUACCUUGCUUGCAUGAAGAAAGUCCGUGGCGUCAACGAAGACGAAUGCCGCAACUUGGCCAAGGCAUAUCUGUCAUGCAGAAUGGACAGAAAUCUGAUGGCUCGGGACGAGUUCAAGAAUCUCGGCUUUGCAGAGCCUGCGCUGGCUAAAGCCCCAGCAGAGCCGGAAAAGGGCGUCAAAGGCGAACUCCGGUGGUAG